UACUCCUGCUUGUCCCUCUUUGUCCGGUGGCGAUAGAAGGCCAUGAUAAUUAUGGCAAAAUUUGCGUUUUUGAAUGAAUUAUAGUUGAAUGGUGGAUCAACAAGCAUACACCGUGUGAGGACUGGUUUGCUGGCAAUGACACACCAGAGAGUUUCAAUUUAAAGGACAGCAGAGCAAGCAACGGAGAAAGGUCAUAUUAGCUAAUGGCUGCCGAAUCGGGGAGACUACUGGCGGGACACGGAAAACGAAGCAAAGCUUCACAGAUGAAGAGCCCAGAGAAGAAAAAGGCGAGGAAAUCCACCAACCAGGCGGCAGGGUUCUCCCACCUCACUGAGUUUGCACCCCCUCCUACCCCCAUGGUGGACCACCUGGUCGCCUCCAACCCCUUCGACGAUGACUUCGGGCCCCCAUCUCGACCCAGUGGAGCAGGUGGUCCAGGUGGUGCUCCAUUUCUUCCCAGCCCAGGCGCAGGUGGAGGAGGUGGGUAUGGCGGUGGAGGCAGAAUGGGCGGAGGCAUGGGUUUCAUGGGAGGCCCGGGAGGACCAGGUGGUGGCCAGCCUGGACGGAGGCCACCGUUUGGCCCUCCAGCCAACGCUGGACCUCACCACCAGCUAGGCUUUGGAGGAAUGCCUGGCUUUGGAGGUGGCGGUGGGGGCGGCAGUGGCGGAGGAGGAGGGGGUGGUGGAUUCCCCCCUGGUGGCCCUUCUCAGUUCAACAUGCCACCAAACUUCAGUCCACCCAUGCACCCAGGGCCAGGAUUCAAUCCCAUGUUGUCUCCGGGAGCUAUGGGAGGUCCUGGAGGAGGGGGGCCACCCCACCCUCGGUUUGGCAUGCCUCCACAGCAGCAGCACGGACAGGGUGGACACCCAUUUAAUAGCCCACCAUUACCUGGUGGUGGAGGCCCCAGGGGGCCCCCACACGGCCCCCUGCCUCCCAUGGGAGGAGGCAUGGGUCCUGGGAUGAACAUGAUGGGUGGAAUGGGUGGUGGGCCCGGGGGCAACAUGGUGGGAGGGUUACCAGGUAUGCCCCCUCAAGGACAGUUCCCUCCCUCACAGGAUGGGCCCUACCCUGGCCCCAGUCCACCAGGGCCAGGCAAUGAGGACGGAAAGAACUUUGGUGGAGGAGGAGCUCCACCUGGGCCUCAGCAGCAGCAACAACAGCAGCAGCAACAGCUUAACCUAAAUCCCAACGGCCCCCCUCCUAAUAAUACAACUCCUGGCCCUCCUCCUAACUCUGGCCCACCACAGCCAGGAGGAGGCUUCCCUGGCCAUCCUGAUGUCCAGCAGCCCAAUGCCAAUACACCUGGUCAGCCUCCAUCAGCACCGCCACAGCCUAACCCCAACUCUUCUCCUACUGGUCCCCUGAAUGGAUCAGGCCAGCCCCAACAUCCACCACCCAGUCAGCUACAACCCCCCAGCAAUACAAACACCCCCAACUCUAACAGCUCUACCCAGCAGCAGCAGCAACAAUCCACUCCACCUAACUCUGCCCCCGGCUCCACCCCGUACAACCAGCAGAACAACACUCCCGGUGCUGGUGGUACCAUGCCAAACGCGGCCCCCAAUUCGGGUCAGAACAACAUGGCCAACAACAACGGAGGCAACACUCCAGGCAGCAAUCCCAAUCCCCCGUCUAACUCCACUUCGACCCCAAACACCCAGUCUCCCCUGCCCCCCGGUCCCGCUGCCCCCUCGACUGGGCCCGGCUCUGGCCCCGGAAAACUCGGCGGCCCCGGGAUGGUCUUCCCCUGCGGCCUCUGUAUGGCAGAGGUGCAUGACGAUCAAGACGCCAUCUUGUGCGAAGCGUCGUGCCAACGCUGGUUCCACCGUGACUGCACAGGCCUGACAGAGCCAGCAUACGGGCUGCUGACUCGAGAGAGCGCUGCCGUUUGGGCCUGUGACUUCUGCAUCAAGACCAAGGACAUUCAGGCUGUGUUUGUACGCCAGGGAUUAGGCCAGCUGGUGGCAGCUAAUGAGAGUUGAGGAGUGGAUGACAAAGAACAGCGUGGAGGUGCAUCAUAAAAGGACAAAUAAAGACAUUCUUUGCUUCGAUCUAACUGAAUGACCUGUGUGUCAUGUCAGCUACUUGCCCAACUUUCUCUUGACUAGCCCUUUACUUGUUCACUACACAGAACCUCACUCAUUGACAUUCAUGCUUAUAUAUAGCACUUUGAGUGACUCUUGGUAACUGAUUUUUCUCCCCCUCCCCCCCUAAAGGAGUCAAAUCAUGAUGAAUGUUAAAGUUCACAGUCCUUCAAGACAUUUAGCCUGCCAACCAGCAAAGCACUGACACCAACACACUACCUCACACUUUGUGACUGACUGGCACGGACGCUCUCGCACUGACUGUGAUUGACACGCCACACUCAUGCACCACAUGACUAUAGUGAUAUUUGAAACACAAUCCAGUGGAGAAAGUACUGUUGAACUAUUCCCUUGCUGUGUAUUGACACAAUGACUCAAAGCAUCAGCGUUACUCUGAUUUUUGUGGCUUUAAAUUAAAACAGACAUGAUAUAUAAAAUUUUAAAAUUGAAAAAAAAAUAAUAAUAAUUUAAAGAGUGCCUGAAAAUCUGAAAGGGACUUGGGUUUCAUUCAUGGAUUGAUUCACAGCUUUAUUUGCCAUCAAAAUGAUUCAUUCUAGCACUGCCCUGUCACAUUGUUAGCCUUUUUACUGCAAGGAAUUUAAAGAAAAUGGAAAAAAUACUUCAGUAUAUUGCAGCUUAGAAGUGUUUGGGGAGAGAAAAAAACAGUUUUUAACUUUUCUUCCUGCUCUCACACACACACACACACACACACACACACACACACAUACACACAUACAUACACUUUUGCCACAUACAUCUUGUUUCUGUCAUUUUGUACGUAGUGCUGAUUAAUCCAAAGGAGACCCUGGCCGAGACUUCAUCCACACCUCACAGAGAGGAUUUUACCACCGAAAUAGUUGUAAAUAUUAGGACAAAACAUUUGUCUGGAGCUCCCAUCAGUUGUGAACACGCCACAGAGUUGACCAAUGAACAAAUAAUAAGUUGUUUAACUUACGUGUCUUGGUUGUAAACAGUAUGACAUUUUGGUUUUUAUACAGUACAUUUGAGUCAACGAUUUCUUUUUAUCUCUGCAGUACACAUGAAUUGUGAAAUCAGUGCUUUUGGAUGGUGUUGGCAUAGCAAGUAGUGACAUCAUGUCAUAUCAGAUGUGCAUAGUCCUUUACAAAAAAAGAAAAAGACAAAAAAAGAGUGGGGGCGGGGGGUGCAUGUGAACCAAUGCAGUAACUGUCUGAUCUGUUUAUGUUUAUAUUCUGGCCUCUGCACUGCAUGAGGCCUCGAAGUAGACCAAAUAACUUAAGAGCGAACAAUACCCAUUUUCACAUUUCUGUCACGGUAUAAGGUGUUUAUAACUAUUCUUCUGUCUCUCUCUUCCCUUAUUUUUCUUUAUUCAAUGUCCAAGUUGCCUUUCUUUUCUUGCUCUCUCAGCUGUUCCUUUUUUUAUUGAGUACUGGUAUUUUGUGCUGUGCUCUUGCUCUGCUCUGGUGCCUCCUGGUGGAACCCGGAGGAACCAGUGAGUCCCACACCAGGUGGGGAAGGGAAAGGUACUGAACUCUGAAGUAAAGACAGAUUUUUUUUGUACUUGUCCAUGUCUGUUUUUAUUCACAUUUUUUAUUUGUUUGCUAAUUGUUGUAUUAAAAUGAGGGUUGGAAAACCCAACAAAACAGA